AUGGCCGGGGCCAUUGCAGCCGGUAACGCAGUAGUUGUCAAGCCCAGCGAGCUGGCCGAAGCCUCUGCUACAUUCAUUGCUGAGACUCUUCCUAAAUACUUAGAUAGUGACGCGGUAGCCGUAGUAGAGGGGGGUCCGGAGGAGACAACGGAGCUCCUAAAGAACAAAUUCGACUACAUAUUCUACACGGGUGGGACCAAUGUGGGAAAGAUUGUAUACAGUGCUGCUACCAAAAAUCUUACACCGGUCACGUUAGAACUUGGAGGGAAAAGCCCGACAUACAUAGACAACACAGUUGACAUAGAGGUGACCACGAAAAGGAUACUAUGGGGUAAAUUCAUAAAUGCCGGCCAGACCUGUAUCGCUCCAGACUAUGUUCUGUGCAGUAGAGAAGUCCAGGACAAGUUCGUGGAGUACGCAAAGCUCAUACUGAAGGAAUGGUAUGGAGAGGACCCACAAAAGUCCCCAGACCUAUGCAGGAUUAUCAACAGCCGGCAUUAUAGUCGCUUGCAAGCGUUAUUGAACGCGAGUAAAGAUAAAGUCGCCAUUGGGGGCAAAAGUGACCCCCAGGACCGGUACGUAUCGCCCACGAUACUCACUAAUGUGUCCCCAGACGACAAAAUAAUGGAGGACGAAAUAUUCGGCCCAAUUUUACCGAUCGUGCCCGUCGACAACGCUUACGAAGCCAUCAAAUUUAUCAACGCCAGGGAGCAUCCAUUAGUAUUAUACGUGUUCAGCGAGCAAAAGAACAUCCAAAAACUGUUUACGGAACAAACCCGUUCGGGCAGUCUCUGUGUGAACGAUACUAUUAUGUUUUAUGGCGGUAAGGAAUAA